ACUCAACUCCAUAGUCCAUUCCACUCCUCCGCCCCCUGUGCAUUCCACUCCUCCCCUUUCGUUUUCUCUAAUAUUUAAUUCCAAUUUUUUUUUUGGUCCCAUUCUUUCCCUUCAAAGCUUCUGCUCAACCCAGUUUAAAACUAAAUUUAAACAUCAUUAUUAACCUAACAACUUCAUUUUGUAUUCAGUUACUGGUUUCCUAUUGCUCAAAGUUGCUGCUGACUUUUUUUUUGCUUUUUUUUUUUUUUCAAUUUUUUAAAAACAUUUACUUCCCUCUGUUAAUUUCCUUGGUGUUGGAUGAGGAGAAAGGGGCCAGAAUUUUCUUCUUCUCAGCUCAGCAAAAAAGUAGUGCUAAUAAAAAUCAAUUAGAAGCAAAAGCAGCUAGGGUUUUGACUUUGGUUGUCAAGUCUUCUUGGUAGGUGCUUCGUUUGAUUAACGGGGCAUUUUGAUAAUAUUGGUGGUUUUGCGAUGAGAAUUUUGAAUCUACGCUUUUAGCAAGUGUUGCCGUGAACUUGAUGGAUCGCUCGGUGGUCUCCGCGAUCUCAGCUUCGGCUUUUAUCUCCUUUCUUUUGCUCUUUCUCCGAUUCUUGCGCGUCUCCGGUAACGCCGAAGACAGGUGAUGCAUUGAAUGCGCUGAAGACCAAUUUAGCUGAUCCUAAUAAUGUUCUGCAAAGUUGGGAUCCAACCCUCGUCAAUCCCUGCACUUGGUUUCACGUCACCUGUAACAGUGAUAACAGUGUUACCAGGGUGUAAGCUCCUUAUGCCUUGUAUAGAAAUGGGGCUGUACAAUUGAUCUGGGAAAUGCAAAUUUGUCUGGCCAACUUGUUCCACAGCUCGGUCUGCUCCCAAAUCUGCAGUACUUGGAACUCUAUAGUAACAACAUUAGCGGAAGAAUUCCCAAUGAGCUGGGGAACUUGACAAACUUAGUGAGCUUGGAUCUUUACUUAAACAGCUUGAAUGGUCCCAUACCAGACACGUUGGGAAAACUUCAGAAAUUACGUUUCCUGCGUCUAAAUAAUAAUACCUUGACUGGACAUAUUCCUAUGACCCUAACCACUGUCCAGACACUUCAAGUCCUAGAUCUGUCGAAUAACCAGUUGACAGGCCAAAUUCCUGUCAAUGGAUCCUUUUCACUUUUUACUCCUAUCAGUUUUCAAAACAAUCAUUUGGAUCCUCUCCCUGUCUCUCCACCACCUCCAAUUUCACCAACUCCAUCAGCUCGAGGCACCAAUAGUGCUACAGGCGCCAUUGCUGGAGGAGUUGCUGCAGGUGCUGCUCUUCUUUUUGCUGCGCCUGCAAUUUUACUUGCUUGGUGGCGCAGAAGGAAACCACAAGAUCAUUUUUUUGAUGUUCCUGCUGAGGAGGACCCAGAAGUUCAUCUAGGGCAGUUGAAACGAUUUUCUCUACGUGAAUUGCAAGUUGCCACUGAUAGUUUCAGCAACAAAAAUAUUCUUGGUAGAGGUGGUUUUGGUAAGGUUUACAAAGGCCGAUUAGCUGAUGGAUCUCUAGUGGCAGUUAAAAGACUGAAAGAGGAGCGCACUCAAGGUGGAGAGUUGCAGUUUCAAACAGAAGUGGAGAUGAUCAGUAUGGCUGUCCAUCGAAAUCUACUUCGUCUACGUGGCUUUUGCAUGACACCAACAGAACGGUUGCUUGUUUAUCCUUACAUGGCGAAUGGCAGUGUUGCAUCCUGUUUAAGAGAGCGCCCUGAAAGUGAACCCCCUCUUGAUUGGCCAAUAAGGAAGCGUAUUUCAUUGGGAUCUGCCAGGGGACUUGCUUAUUUGCAUGAUCAUUGUGAUCCCAAGAUUAUUCACCGGGAUGUAAAAGCUGCAAAUAUAUUGUUAGAUGAGGAGUUUGAAGCCGUUGUUGGAGACUUUGGGUUGGCUAAGCUUAUGGACUACAAGGACACCCAUGUCACCACUGCUGUACGUGGUACAAUUGGUCAUAUUGCCCCAGAAUACCUUUCCACUGGCAAGUCUUCAGAGAAGACUGAUGUUUUUGGGUAUGGUGUCAUGCUUCUUGAGCUUAUCACUGGGCAGAGAGCUUUUGAUCUUGCACGUCUCGCGAAUGAUGAUGAUGUCAUGUUGCUUGAUUGGGUUAAAGGACUUCUGAGGGAGAAAAAAUUGGAAACACUAGUGGAUGCAGAUCUUCAGGGUAACUAUGUCGAAGAUGAGGUGGAACAACUAAUUCAGGUAGCUCUGCUCUGCACACAGAGUUCCCCUACAGAGCGUCCCAAAAUGUCAGAAGUUGUCAGAAUGCUUGAAGGUGAUGGUUUGGCUGAGAGAUGGGAAGAGUGGCAGAAGGAGGAGAUGUUCCGACAGGAUUUCAACCAUACACACCAUCCAAAUACUGAUUGGAUCAUUGCUGAUUCCACAUCAAACCUCCGACCAGAUGAACUGUCUGGGCCUAGAUGAAAUCAAGACAUUUAUGCCUUGUGUGAUACGACUGCAUAGGAGUUUAAUUUGUAUUUGAGAAAAGAUAUAGUCUGUUAUCUUUGUGCAUAUCUUUUUCUGCCCCCCAUAAUUUUUGCUGUUUUCUAUAUUUAACUUUUUCCGGUGUCAAAUUUGUAUCAUGUAAUAGGAAUUUUUGACGACAGUAACAUUGUCUAUAGGUUGCCAGCUGACGUUACGGUGUUUUGGUGCAAGUGAACACAUGCCAGGUAUCUCUAUGAGAGCACCAAUUGUACUUUACUUUUUACAUUGGAUAGUGGAGCUUGUCAAUUAAAUAAACACCUUACAAAAAUCGCAGUUUCGAAUUU